GAUUAAUUGUUAUCAUCUUAAAAUCAAUUUUUUUAAUCUUUUGUAGGCUAGUUCAGAAUCCCGUAUAAUUUAUAUAGUCUCGUUUUGUUUUUAUAACUAUAAAAUGAAGAAACCUAUAUAAAAUCCUAUUAAUUUUCGGCACCGUAACUUUAGUCAUAACCAUUAACGAUUCAAACAAAAUCUUGGAGGAAGACGGAGAAAUAACGGCCCGUUUUUUCGUUACACUCACAUGACAACGUUCAACCAAUCAAAACUCUGAGAAUCGGGCGUUGGCACUGCGUUGGCUGCUGACGUCAUUUGUCAUAUAAAUAGCAACCGCGCCAAGAAAAUCAUCAAGUUCGUUUGGAAAGCUGCAUUACUAGCUAAUCUGAACGUCUGUCGUAAUUUUGUUUCAUUUGUGGUGUAAAAGUUAAAACUCAUCAACCAAAAUGCGUGAAUGUAUCUCAGUCCAUGUUGGCCAAGCCGGAGUCCAAAUCGGUAAUGCCUGCUGGGAGUUGUACUGCCUGGAACAUGGCAUCCAACCUGACGGUCAGAUGCCAUCAGACAAGACUGUUGGAGGAGGAGAUGACAGUUUCAACACAUUCUUCAGUGAAACUGGUGCCGGCAAACAUGUACCUAGAGCAGUAUUUGUAGAUUUGGAACCAACAGUAGUAGAUGAAGUACGUACCGGCACAUACCGUCAAUUGUUCCACCCAGAACAACUCAUCACUGGCAAAGAAGAUGCCGCCAAUAACUAUGCUAGAGGUCACUAUACAAUUGGUAAAGAAAUAGUUGACUUGGUAUUGGACAGAAUCCGUAAAUUGGCUGAUCAAUGUACUGGACUUCAAGGUUUCUUGAUUUUCCACUCCUUCGGUGGUGGUACUGGAUCUGGUUUCACUUCUUUGUUGAUGGAACGUCUAUCUGUUGACUAUGGUAAAAAAUCAAAACUGGAAUUCGCCAUCUACCCAGCUCCUCAAGUAUCUACUGCUGUAGUAGAACCAUACAACUCCAUCUUGACCACCCACACCACUCUUGAACACUCAGACUGUGCCUUUAUGGUAGAUAAUGAAGCCAUCUAUGACAUCUGCAGACGUAAUCUAGACAUCGAGCGCCCAACCUACACCAACUUGAACAGACUUAUUGGCCAAAUCGUAUCCUCAAUCACAGCUUCUCUAAGAUUCGAUGGUGCUCUAAAUGUUGACUUGACAGAAUUCCAAACUAACUUGGUUCCUUACCCUCGUAUUCACUUCCCUCUUGUCACCUAUGCCCCAGUAAUUUCCGCUGAAAAGGCUUACCAUGAACAACUUUCCGUAGCUGAAAUCACCAAUGCCUGUUUCGAACCUGCCAACCAGAUGGUAAAAUGUGAUCCCAGACAUGGUAAAUACAUGGCUUGCUGUAUGUUGUACAGAGGGGAUGUUGUACCAAAGGAUGUAAAUGCUGCUAUUGCAACCAUUAAGACCAAACGUACCAUCCAAUUCGUAGACUGGUGUCCAACUGGUUUCAAAGUAGGUAUCAACUACCAACCACCAACUGUUGUACCUGGAGGUGAUUUGGCUAAAGUACAACGUGCCGUAUGCAUGUUGUCCAACACUACAGCUAUUGCUGAAGCCUGGGCAAGAUUGGACCACAAAUUCGAUCUUAUGUAUGCCAAGAGAGCUUUCGUCCACUGGUAUGUAGGAGAGGGUAUGGAAGAAGGUGAAUUCUCUGAAGCUCGUGAAGAUUUGGCUGCUUUGGAGAAAGAUUAUGAAGAAGUUGGUAUGGACUCCGGAGAAGGUGAGGGUGAAGGAGCUGAAGAAUAUUAAAUUUGAUUCCAAACAUGACAAAUCACUUGUUUUUAAGACAAAAAAUUCCUUUCAAUUUUUUUACACUUUUUCAUUACUUUUCUGUGAAACGAUUAUUUAAAGUCUGAUUUAAUUUAAUACAGAAUUUUUUACGAGCA